AUGGCCUCCCAUCCCCCUCAACCCGCUGCCCCCGGGCACGCGGCCGUGUCGCCAGAUGCGAAACAUCCCACCUCCGUCUCCAUCCGGGGCUUCCGCAUCUCGACACAGAAGCUACCCAUUCUCAAGGCAGAGCCGAUUGAGGAGAUGACCAAGAAGCUGGGCAUUGCGCCACCCGAGAUGAUCUUUGGAGACAAUUUUGUGGCCAUUGAGCGGGAAAAGGGCGAUUGGGGGAUUCAAUUCAACGCAUUUGACGCGCUAGACCGGGUGGACAAGACGGGACAGUCCAUGCUCCAGGUGGCCUAUUCGAGAGAAUGGCAGAAAAGCAGAGAGAAGACCCACGAGGGCAUUAAAGAAGUGGUGAAGCCGUUCGACUGGUCCUACAGCACCGACUAUAAAGGCACCCUCCACCCCAAUGCCCGCCCAUUCGAAGAAACCACCAAACCGAUCCCCAUUGAACUCCUCAAACGGCCUGAUCCAAUCCUAUUCUUUGACGAAGUUGUUCUUUACGAAGACGAGCUCGCCGACAAUGGGAUUGCGAUGCUCUCAUGCAAGAUCCGCGUGAUGCCGGGUCGGCUACUUCUGCUGUCCCGGUUCUUCAUGCGCCUUGAUAACGUCCUGGUUCGAAUUCGAGACACAAGGGUCUAUGUGGACUUUGAGAGUGGCGAGGUGAUCCGGGAAUACCAGGCCAAGGAGGGCGAAUAUGAGAAAAUUCGACAGACUCUGGCAGCGACCAGGGAGGAUGUGCCGGCGUUUAUGCGAGACCCCAACCGGUUGUCCGAGGUGUUGCCUCUCGUGGACAAACGCUCGGAGAGGGUUCCUCUCGAUGGCUGA